AUGAUCCUAGACGAGCUUGGCAGUAGUGAAGGGUUUCUUAUUGACUGGGAGUUCGCGGUUCGUAUUGCCGCGGAUAACAAAUAUCCCAUCGGUGGUACAGGCACAGUCCCUUUCAUGUCAUGUGGGCUACUCAACCAGGUCGCAAUCCUGCAGCAACAGGCGAACUCGGAAUCGAUGAAGAAGAAAACUCGGGCACAUAAAUCAACGAAAAAACCGACAACCCUGAAAUCAUCAUCGGAUUCUUUGGCUCUGCCAAUAUCAUUUGUCGUUCACAGAUUCGCGGAUGACUUGGAGUCUCUUUUUUUUAUAUUCGCUUGGGUUUGCAUCAAGUUCAGUGGUCCCAAUGGCAUGGUGCGCCAGGGGCCCUUACCCAAUUCCUUGCUGGAUCGAUGGACAAGCCUUGACUUGGAAACAUGCGCCGCCUUCAAGAUCACCUUUUUCGCGAAUCCAGCAGAAGAAAAGCGUCUCACUGAUGAAUUUCACCCGUACUUCAGGGACCUCAUCCCCCUCGCAACCGAGUGGCGUAAAGCUCUGGCGGACAACAUGAUUCACCCCGUCACCUUCAGUACCAUUCUUGGUAUACUCAACUCGCAUCUUAACAAGCUUCCCGACGAGGAGGAGCUCGCAACUACUGUGAAUAUGCUCAAGAAUGAUGCUGCCAUUCUCGCGGAUCGUUUCAAGGGGAAACGGCUUGCUUCAGAGUCUUUCUCUGUUGUGGAGCCUAAGCGACAGAAGUCCCAUCAUACUGGAGACACUGAGUCUGAUUCAGCAUCGGGCAGUGACGCAUGA